CAACCAUCAAUUCAAAACAAAAGGAGAAAAUGGUAUUACAAAUUAAGAGCCUCAUUUUAUAUUAGUUGCAUACAGCCUUUAAUUAUGAUGAUGGGGACGGCCUGAUUCCACCAUUAUUAUAGCUCUUAUACAAAUAAGUAAUAACUGCAAAAUCAAUAAACCUAAAAAGAAAAAAUAUUAGAAGGGGACUAGAGAAAGAAGAUGAGCGUGAACAUGAUAGAGUACACAAUAGUGUGCCCGGCAGAGAAGACUCCAAGAGAUAGCCUUUGGCUCUCAUGUCUAGACUUGAUGACCCCUUCCCCCAAUUCACACUCCCGUCUGUUAUUCAUUUACAGUCCAAGUGAGGUGGAAAAUAAGGGGUCAAAAAGUUUUGAUACCCAUGUUGUAAAGGAGUCUUUGAGUAGAGCAUUAGUGCCAUUUUAUCCUGUUGCGGGGAGAUUAAGUAAAAAUGAGGAAAAUGGCCGAUUUCAGAUUGAUUGCAAUGCGGCAGGCGUUUUGUUUGAAGAGGUUGAAACAACGCACAUUCUUGCUGAUUUUGGAGACUUUAAGCCCAAUACUCAAUUUCGCAAGUUGGUGUUGCCCGUGUGCGACUACUCGGGCGGUCUCUCGUCGUUCCCCCUAUUAUUGGUGCGAGUCACGCGUUUCGAGUGCGGGGGUGUGUGCAUUGGCUUCGGAACACAUCAUAAUGUGGCUGAUGGAAAUGGAUAUUCAUACUUCAUCAACUCAUGGGCAAGACUUGCAAGGGGGCUUGAACUCGAUGUUCAACCCUUGCAUAACCGGGCUGUGUACUUAGCUGCUCGUCAUCCACCUCAGGUCAACUUUCAGCAUUUGGAAUACGCGCCAGCUCAACCAAUCGAGGGAAAUUAUGGUGAUACAGAAAUCGCAAGGGAGUGCCUCUUUAAGCUUUCUAAACAUCAAAUUGAUACCCUAAAAUUAAAAGCAACAUCCCAAUCCGAAGAAGUACAAAGCUACAAGCUAAGUACAUAUGAGGUGCUAGCUGGGCAUGUGUGGAGAUGUGCAUGCAAAGCGCGUGGUUUAAUCGGUGAUCAAUCUAUCAAGCUCAUUAUACCAAUCGAUGGACGAUCGAGAUUACAAGAUCCCACCCUACCAAAAGGAUAUUUUGGGAAUGUAAGAUUCUUUGCUGCCUGUACCACAAAAGCAUGUGAUAUCACUAGCAAACCACUAUGGCAUGCUGCGAGUAAAGUUCACGAGGCACUAAAAAAUGUGGAAAGAACUGACUACUUGAGAUCAGCAAUUGAUUAUCUAGAAAUGCAAUCUGAUCUAACAAAUCUUAUACGUGGGCCUCGUGAUGUGAACAACCCAUUCUUCUAUAUAAACUCUUGGGGAAGGAUUCCCUUUGAUGAAGCAGAUUUUGGGUGGGGAAAGCCCAAGUUUGUAGGUCAUGGUGGUAUUAGAGUACAGGGACAAGCGUUCUUUGUACCAAGCCCUAGCAGAGAUGGCAGCUUUUCACUAAGCAUUAAUCUUUCCACCCUUCAUAUGCCUUUGUUUGAAAACUACUUGUAUGACUUCUAAUGUCUUCCCGGUUUAUAAUGUAUCAUGUAUGUGAGUUCAUAGAGCUACACUUGUGCUGUAGUCAAUGCAAUAUUACCUUAUUUGGCUUGACUAUACAAUUGAUGUGGUUGCAUGCAUGGAUUUCCUUCUUGGAGGUCAUUUAAGCUAAUAGUGGGUACCAAAGAAAGAAUGGUAGCUUUUCCUAGUGGCAUCUCAUUCUAAGUGGACUUCUCAAAUUCUAUCUGUAAUAGGAUUUUUCCUUAUAUACAAUUUUACUAUAUCCAGCUUGGGAUA